AUGGCAUUUGUUCUCAAUAUCCUUGUUGGGACUGUCGUUUUAUAUGGCGGCGUUCUACUUUACACAAAUGCACAAGUAGCCAUCAACAAUGCUCUUUAUCUCGGAGCUCCUGCUGUUUUCAACACCACCAAAGACGAUUGCAUCUGGAAACGCGGACCCGAAAAGGACGAAUGUCCCGAUCCGAAUAUCUCCAUUGUUCUUUACACGAGCGACGAUUACAUCUACAAAUCAUUGUUCGACCCGAAUGAGCAAGAUUGGCUCUUGAACAGCAAGUGGAAUGCGUCGAAGGAGAACAUUGUCUUGAUCCAUGGAUAUGCGGGCGGUGAUGAUACUCUUCCUAUUGUCGUUUUGCGGGAUGCUUAUCUCAAUCAUGGCGGUUAUAACGUGUUCUUAAUAGAUUGGGCGGCAUUAUCCAGACCUCCGUGUUACAUCGCUGCCGUUCAUAAUCUUCAUUCAACAGCUCAUUGUGUGGCAAAUCACUUGAUUCAGUUGAGAAACGCUGGUUUGAAUGUCGAAAAGACGACUUGUGUUGGGCAUUCGUUGGGCGCCCAUAUCUGUGGCAUCAUGGCAAAUUACCUAAACUUCCGUAUCGAACGAAUUAUUGCCUUAGAUCCCGCUAGACCACUCAUUAAACCGGGCAGCAAGAACAGAUUGGAUGUCGGAGAUGCGAAAUCGGUGCAAGUUAUGCACACAAAUGCCGGAUUUUACGGCGAAAGCGGCAGAAUUGGUCAUGUUGACUUUUGUGUCAAUGGAGGACGGAGACAACCGUAUUGCGCAAAUACCACAAACAUCAACUUAUGCAGUCACAUUUGGUCCGUUUGCUACCUAGCUGAGAGCAUUUUCAACCCAGACUCGAAUCUCGCAGAGCCCUGUAGUCGAAAAUGUCCCACAAAUGUGCCUCUGAAUGCCAUUCGGGAAGCUCGGGCGCCCCGUGCUCGCAAAGGUUUCGCCAUGGGAUACACAAUUCCGAUGGGACAAAGUACUCCGUUGGGUGCCAGUGGCUCGUAUUGCAUCCGCGACAACAAACCGCCAUUCUGCCCGAAGAAACCUGGCGGCAUUGGUGAUUCACGAUGUUGCAUGGAAGCUCCCGAAUGGGAUCCGUUACUGUAA